AUGACAAAUAAAAAAGAUUUACUUCUUGUUUUAACAAUAGAAUCUGUUGUUAUUGGAGUAGUAUUAGGUUUCAUUAUCCGUCCAUUUAAUCCUAGUAAUGAUUUAAUUCAAUUAAUUGGUUUUCCUGGAGAAAUUUUUAUGCAAAUUGUUGAAAUGAUGAUUUUACCAUUAAUUAUUUCAUCUGUUAUCUCAGCAUUAUCGCAAAUUGCUUUUAAAGAUGCAACAAAGAUAGGACUUAUAACUGUUUUUUAUUACAUGACAACAACUUUUUUAUCAACUGUGAUCGGUAUAUUAAUUGUUUCCUCAAUACAUCCUGGUGAUCCAACAUUAAUACAUAGUUUUGGUGAAGGUACUCUUGAUGAUACAGAAUUAUCACCAUUAGAUACUUUUCUUGAUCAAAUAAGAAAUAUGUUUCCUGAAAAUAUUAUACAAGCAACAUUUCAACAAGUACAAACAGAAUAUAUUGAAGUUAAAACAAGAAUUCACAAAGUUUCUGGUGUUAAUGAAACAGAAGUAAGUAAUUUUACUGAACCAGUUGUUAUGAAACCAACAUUAAAAUAUACCAAUGAAAUGAAUGUUCUAGGAUUAAUUGUAUUUUGUUCAGGUUUUGGUGUUAUUCUUAGUAUUUUAGGUGAACAAGCUCGUUUAAUGAUAAAUUUUUUUGUUGUUCUUGAUGCUAUUAUUAUGAGAUGGAUUUCAGCAUUAAUGUGGUGUUAUCCUAUUGGUAUAUUAUCAUUAGUAUGUAAAAAUAUUGUUGAUAUAGAUAAUUUAACAGAAACAGCACAAGCAUUAGCUAUGUAUGUUGUUACAGUAAUAUGUGGCUUAAUGAUUCAUUCAUUAUUGACAUUACCAUUAUUAUAUUUUCUUGUUACAAGAGAAUCCCCAUUUGCUUUUAUGACUGGAAUGUUACAAGCUAUAGCAACAGCAUUUGGAACAGCAUCUAGUGGUGCUACUUUACCAGUAACAUUUAGAAGUAUGGAAGAUAAUUUAAAAAUAGAUAGAAGAAUUACAAGAUUUGUAUUACCACUAGGUGCAACAAUAACUAUGGAUGGAACAGCACUUUAUGAAGCUGUUGCUGUUAUCUUUAUAGCACAACUUCAUGCAAUAAAAUUAUCUGUUUUUGAUUUAUUAACAAUUAGUAUAACAACAACUGUUGCAUCAAUUGGAUCAGGAUCAGUUCCAGCAGGUUUAGAUACAAUUAAAAUUGUCUUAACAACAGUAGGCUUACCAUCAAGAGAUAUUGGACUUUUAAUGACAGUUGAUUGGUUAUUAGAUAGAAUUCGUACAAGUGUUAAUGUAUUAGGUGAUGGUUUUGGUGCUGGUAUUAUUCAUCAUAUGGUUAAAGAUAAUCUACAACAAUCAGAUGAGGAUAUCCUGUGCAAACAAAUAAAAUCAAAUCCAUCAUUAUUAGAUGAUGUACCAUCUCAAAUUAUAACAAUACCAAAUAAUAAUACACCAUCAGUUAUGGAACCACAACAAGAAAUAAAAGAACAAAAUUUAGAAAAUAAAAAUAAUAGGAAAGAAGGAAAUACAAAUACUCAUCAACCAUUGGGACAUAGAAUAUCAAGAUCAGCGUCAGAUUAUAUAUUUAAAAAUAAUACAGAUCAUUUGAAGGAACAUUCAAAAAACGAACAAGAAAAAUUAGCUUUAUUAGUGGGUAAUAAAGAAUUUACUGUAUAG